AUGGUGUCAGAAACUACACCUUUCGUUGUCAAGGGAAAGACUGCUAUCGUGACUGGAGCGGGGUCCGGCAUCAAUCUCUGCUUUGCGGCCCUGUUACUUUCGCGGGGUUGCAAUGUUGUCUUCGCCGACCUUGGUCUCCGUCCGGAAGCCCAAGCUAUUGCGGAUCAGUACUCUCAAAAGUCCACAGGCCAGCCUCGAGCUAUCUUCCAAAGGACAGACGUGACAGACUGGACCCAGCUCUCGCGCAUGUUCGAGGUGGCACAAGAAGAGUUCGGUGGAGUCGACCUUGUAUGUCCCGGUGCAGGAGUUUUUGAGCCGAAUUGGUCGAACUUCUGGAAUCCACCUGGAACCGCCGAGUCUAAGGACAGCAUUGAUGGUGGUCGCUAUGCGUCUCUCGACAUCAAUCUUACCCAUCCGAUCAGAGUAUCACAGCUCGCCAUCCAGAUCUUCUUGUCACAGCAACCCCGAGCGAGUCCGCAAAAUCCGAAGCGGAUUGUAAUGAUCAGCAGUGUUGCUGGAGAAGGUGCUUCGCUACUUAUACCCCUGUACUGCGCGGCAAAGCAUGCUGUCAUUGGCUUUACACGCUCACUUGCUGGACUAGAUGAAAAAUUUGGUAUUCGAGUAACUGCAUGUUGCCCAGGGAUCAUCAAGACGCCGCUGUGGACCGACAAUCCGGACAAGAUGAAGUACUUCGAUGAGACAAAGGAUCUUUGGGCCACUCCAGAAGAAGUUGCAGAGACGUUGCUGACUCUAGUCGAGAACGAAGAUAUGGUGGGCGGUACUAUCUUGGAAGUCGGACAUGAGGUGACUCGGAACGUACCUAUGUUCAACAAUCCAGGACCGAAGGGCGCCGCUCUAGCUGUGAGCGGUCAACCUGGUCUUAUUGAGGGCUUGUUAGACUCUCUAGCCGAAGAAAGCUGGGGUAAGCCUUGCUAG